AUGGCGCAAAAGCUCGCGGUGCUGUGCGCGAUCCUCGUCGGCGCCCGUGCGAUGCGGCUCCCGACGCGGCGCCGCGUCGUCCUCGGCGGCGGCGCCGCGGCCGCCGCCGCCGCCGCGGCGGUCCCCGCGCGCGCCGCGGAGCUCCCGACGGGAGGCAGGGACCUCUUCAACCUCGUCGCGGCGGCGCGGCGGCAGCUCGACGACGUGCCCGCGCUCAUCGAGGCCGGCAAGUGGGACUCGGUGCGCGCGAUCCUCAUCCAGCCGCCCAUCGCCGACGUCUGGGGCAAGAACGCGAAGCCGCUGCUCAAGCGGUACGCGGAGGCCGUCGGGAACGCCGACGGCGACGAGCUCGCCGCCGUCUACAACAACGUCUUCUCGCCCGUCGGCGGCGACAUGAAGGUCAACGCCAAGCCCGAGCUCGUCAAGCAGUACUACGAGAUGCCCAUGCAGGAGUUCCGCGCGUCGGCGAAGGCCCUCGACGCGCUCGUCAAGCUGGGGAGCGGGCUGAAGUACUAA